AUGGCUACAAGAUACAAAAUACCAACAGUUGAAUCAAUAAUCGAGGAUUCCGAAGAUGAAUCAAGGGACGAUGUAAGGGGUGCUGCUGAACGAGAAUUCCAGAGUAGCGUAACUCGUCGUCAACAUCGAUCAAUCCACAAUCCCACAAUGUCCUCCUCACCCACAAAAGCAAAUACGAGUAGGGAAAGAGAUAGAUCAAGAAAGAUGCAUAAAUCUACUUCCAGUGGCAACAGACAUUCGGCAUCAAAACCAAAACCUAAGCAUACAAAUGCGAAGCGCGCAAGUGGAUCAUCUUCAAAAGGAAAUGAGAUGGAGGGGCAACGUCUUCGCCAGAGGCCGGUACAUCGGAACCGAGAUUCAAGUUCAUCAUCGUCUUCAUCGUCAAGCUCUUCGGAUGAAAAUGAGAAUCUCCCUAAUCACAAAUCAGUCCUUGCAGCUUCAAGAGCAAAAUUAACAUCACCAUCUAUGAUAUCGAAUUUGACAUCUUUGACUACGUCGACAAAUAAAUCUAGUAGCUCAAGUGGAAGUAACUCGACAGUAACUCAAGCUUCUGUUACGAGAGGUUUAUCCCUAGGAAAAGAAGCUGAGACUAAAGAAGAAUCUCUAUCGCCAGCUGUGCCAUCUCCUCCAAAUGUGUUUGCCUAUUUACAACAGGACUCCGAUGAAGAAGAUGGAGAAGAUGAGAAGGUUAGGGAAGGGGAAGCAGAGGAGAAAAAUGCCGAGACACAAGACGAUACCUCUAAAUGGUUGAUUGACCAUGGCGAUAAAAGUUUCACCCCAGUAUCACGUCCACAUACUCCAGAGGAACAUCCAACUGGUCCUUCAUCCGUAUCAAGUAGCCUUCACAGUGAUGAUUUCUCAGCACCAGAAGCCGAUAUCGACACAGAUAGGAGCACAUCACCAGAGAGAAGCGUUAAUGGUCGAGAAAAUCUAAGAGUCACCACAAAUUCCAAAGAUGCGUCGGUCAAAUUAGCGUCUCAAAUGGCAGCUGCCAAUCAACGUCAAAAUUAUUACGGAGCAGCUCCAUCAUUUGGAACACCAAAAACCCAUCAUCGCACAGACAGUAAUCCACUCUCUCCCGCUGAUCUUGAAACACCCCGCAAUCCAUAUCCACCCAAGCAUACACUCCAAUCUCAGAUUGAUCCGACCAUUACAGGCUAUGAACUUCUUGCCUCUCGCUUAUCAGCAUCUUCCCAUUCCGGUUCCGGCUCCGAUACAGUAGUAGAAGAUCGUAUCAAGCCCAUGUAUCGAAAAUUUGAAGCACUCAAUCAUCGUCUUCUCCUUCAUCUUCAAGAUGAGAUAAGCGAACUCGAAGAACAGUUACAGAGAUUGGAUAAAGCCGAUACAGAAUCUAGAAGGUUACGUCAUACUGGUAAUGGUAAUAUCGGGGUAGAUGUAAUUCCUGCGUCGAGAAGAGCAAGUGAACAAAUGGGUGGUGAUUUACAGUGGCAUAAAAUGGAUAUUCUGGGGAGGAUCGGUUACAAAUUGGCUCAAUACAAUCAAACUCUAACCUCGUUCCACUCUCUUCAAUCACUUCCUCCCGCUUCUCAACCAGAUAUUAGCCAUUAUCGCGAAUACCUUCAAAUCGUCCGUCCCAUAACCGAAGUGGAAACUAGAUUUUUAGAUCCAAAAGUUGAGGACGAUUUAGUGUCAGUUGCUUCUGCUUCUUCUGGGUUUAGAAGUCAAGGUCGUCAUCGAAAUGGAGAUCAAUUCAUUCGUCACAAACGUUCAUUACCAUCUUCAGUUUCAGAUAGUAGUGACGAUGAUCAUCCGAUUGAGAGAACACCUACCAGUAGCGCUGUCGACUCACCUCUUCAUCCACCACCCCAUCUAGCAAAUGAUCAUCCUGGAGUGGGAAAUACAACUUCUCAUGCAGAAGAUUUUCCCACUUUGGCAUGUGCAAUAGCUCUUAGUAUCUUAAUACCAAUCCUGACUUUCGCAACUAUUCCAACAUUCCUAGGCAGAAUGACGGUGGUUUGUUUGGUAGGAUCGGGUAUCGUAGGAGCACUCGUACAAAGUGGAUUUAUAGGUCUAAACGAUGUCAUUGAAAGUAUCAAGGGCUUGAGAGGUUCACAGAGAAAAGAAGGAUUGGUUUGCGUGGGGGUCUAUUUGGGGUGUAUGGGAGUGCUUGCGGGGGUUGUUGGGUAA